AUGUUAUUAAAUGCACAAAAUCUACCUCCACAAACAAAUCAAGAACAAAAGGCAUCCGUAUUUGGAGAUUCAUUUGAUUCAAAGAGUUAUUCUUAUUCGAAUAAUAACAAACCAAAUGACAUGUUUGUCAAUGCUCCACCAAUUCUACCUCCUCCAUUAAAUCAAGAACCAAAACCAUCUGUUUUCGGAGCAUCAUUUGAUUCGAAUAAUAAUAAACAAAAUGACAUGUUUGUCAAUGCUCCACCAAUUCUACCUCCUCCAUUAAAUCAAGAACCAAAACCAUCUGUUUUCGGAGCAUCAUUUGAUUCGAAUAAUAAUAAACAAAAUGACAUGUUUGUAAAUCCACCUAGCAUAGCUCCUCAGACAAAUCAAGAGCCCAAACCAUCAGUAUUUGGAGAAUCUUAUGAUUCGAGGAGUUAUUCAUACACUGAUCAAAGAAAGUCAAAUGAUGAACGAAGCGAAAGUUCAGAUUCUGAUUCAGGCGAUAAGAGCUAUUCGACAACUAAUUCUGUUUCAUAUACAAGUAUUUUCUGA